AUGGUCACUACAUUAAUCCUGGGAUUCCUGAUUUUCACGAACUUGUCAGUUCUCCUCACCUGUCCACUCGUGACUUCUCUGUGUGCGCUCAGAGUAUACGCAGCGACGAGUAAAGUGGUGCUCUACGGCAUCCUGCCGUUGGCAGGCGUGCUAUAUAUAGCCAACGAAUGGGAAGGUCCACAUUCCGAGCUACUCGAGGAGUUGAAGUUGACUGUAUCGUUUGUGGUGUGGUGGGUCGGUCUGGGCGUGCUCUCGUCCGUGGGUUUAGGCACGGGCAUGCAUUCGGGUAUCCUGUUCCUCUUUCCACAUAUCUUCAAGGUGGUUACUGCGGUGCAAGAGUGUGGCGUACACGAUCUGAGUGUGCGCGAGGACACAUGGUUCAACCCUGACCCCUUUGUGUGUGGGGCUGACGCCAAGAAUGAGGCGUACGUCCACUUCUACCAGCUGUUCUUCUUGGUCUUUCCCGCCUCUGUACUGUGGGGUGCUGGAACUGCCAUGGGCGAAAUACCGCCAUACGCCAUAAGCCGCGCGGCCCGAAUUGCAGGAGAAGUAGACGAAGACUAUGAGGACAUCAAGAACUUGGCCGAGGGUUCAAGUACGAAUCCCAUACAGCAGAUGCAGAGUUGGAUGAUAGGCUUCCUGCAGAGGAACGGAUUCUGGGGUGUGCUAUUGAUGUCUGCAUGGCCUAAUAUGGCAUUCGAUCUGUGCGGUAUCUGUUGUGGUCACUUUCUGAUGCCCUUCUGGACGUUUUUUGGCGCCACAUUCAUCGGAAAGGCUAUUAUCAAAGUCAACGGACAGGCAGUGGUCUUUAUCACGCUCUUCUCCGACAAGUACACACAAAGGAUAGUCUCGUUCAUAGACCGUAUUAGUCCUGGAGACAUGCACCUGGGUGACAAGCUAGGUCGGCUGCUUGCGGCACAGAGAGCGAGGUUCCACGAUGGUGGGGGUGGGCAAGACGGCCAGCAGAAUAUAGUGGCGUACAUCGGCUCAUGGGUGAUGACGAUAUUGAUAUCAGGGUUUGUACUUUCGUGUGUGGAGCAAUUCGCACAGAAGAACAUCCACAGGCAGCAGAAGACGGCGAUGGAGGAUGUCCACAAGACCCGAUAGCCUGGCUGUUUGCUUGCCUGCUUGAUGUUCAGAUGUCAAACUGAUAUGCCAGAAUACGGAGCUUUAGUUAGGACUUCCUGAUGGGGUGUACAAUAAAAUGCGCCUCACAAACAAACAUUCCGAAUAGGAAUAGAUUUUCACCAUCAACCGGCCGGACACAGUGAUCAGACUCACCCCGAAUACCUCACCCAGCUUACUACGCACCGGAGCCAGAUUCGGUUGCUAGGAAACGAAACUUCAGUUAUUAGGAUAGAUCUUCUAAUGUAAUGUAUAGUACUAUGUCCAUCGCAACAACCACGACAUCCUCUGCUUUUAACUGUUUAGUGAGAGAUUAGCCGGGAUUAGGAACGUUAGUUAUAAUUUGCCGACUGGGUGUGUAAUAAAAUGGGCAGCGCAUCA